GUCUCCCUUUGAAAAUGAAUGCCAUUUGUAAAGAAAUAAAAAUAAACAAUUGCUGAAAACUGUGUUCCACCUAGUUGUGUGAAAUUUCAACACUCGUACGCUAUUGCAAAUGCAUCAAAACGAACAUAUGUAACAGUUCUUUGAAAAUGGUGUCAAAAUUCUACUGCUGGGCUGGUUGGCAGGAACUAUUCUAUACAUUUCUGGUAGUUGGAGACGCAAACGGCGAACCGCAGUUUUGUCUGCGAUUCCCAAGGGACAUUACUCAAAAUUUUCACGUGAUGGUGUACUUUAGCGUUCUCUGUCCUUUGCAAGAAGACGGUAUGCCUCCCACGGGUAUAGAAUAUCAUGAGCUAAAAAUGAACACGAUAGCCCCAGAUAAAUGUAUUGAUGACGACACUGAAAAAUGUCACUCAGUAGAAAAAAGGGGGCAGUGUAAGAAGGAAGAAAAGUUUGCGAUACAUUGUCAACGCUCGUGCAACAAGUGCACUGAAAAGACAGACAUGUUAAAUAUGGGCUGUCCUUUUUCCCCACGAGUACAUGGUACCUGGCUUUUUUAUGACAUGGUUCACAAAGAGGAAGUGAAGAUCAACAACACAGUUCUCCAUUUCUCAGAGUUUGGAACAUUUAUAUGUAAGGAGAAAAGUGUAUUCAGUGACAGAUUGUACAAAACCGUCACAAUAUUUAACAAUGGAUGUGCUAUGCGGCACACUUGCUUUGAAUUGGAAAGACGGAACAACAAUAUUUUACAGUUUCGUGUUGGAAGAAGUCACCGAACAGAUAUUGGUUUUGAUAGCCUUUGUCAUUUUGAAGACCACCAAAGUCCUGUUCAAGACCCUUACAGAAGUAGCACAAUGAAAAACCUUAUACUAGAUGGACACCUCAGGGACGAGUCAUGUGGAUUUGCACACACGAUUCCAUUUAAUGGUACGGUAUAUGGAGAAUCAUGUACUGGUACAAUAUCAGACUGGGACUCGGAUGGAUGUGUGACCCGUGGCGUGCUGAAUAUAAGAUCAGACACGUGUAGAAAUUUAGCUGUGCCCAUAGAGCUUCAAUGUUUAGGAUUUCUGAAAGAUCACCCACUGGAACAAUAUCUCAUCACUAGAUCAUUGCUAAGUGGAAACUACAAUUGCUGGGUGUUGACAAGUUUCCUCUGCAGUCACUGGAAAUGGAAUUAUCGGGCUUUAGUGAAACUUGACAGUCCUCAGUGCUUCACCUUGGCAGACUCUACAUGUGCUCUCGAUAGUACACCGGAAGCCCUACUCUAUUUGCUGGACGAGGAGCAAUCAAGAUUUUGUAAAGGUACGAUAGGUGACAGAACUGCUGCUCCUGUAGACCCAAGCAGAAAUGGACAUUCCAAUAGAAGUAACGACCAGCCGCCUUACCACAUUCCUAACAAAGCCACAGUCUAUCGAGGGCCAUUUUAUGAGGGGUCUGUAGAAUCAUGUGGAAAUAUUAACAACAAAAAUAGCAAUUUAGUAGCCAAACAACUUUCAUUGGCGAACAUUUUAUCAGUAUUAUUUUACGCGGUGACUUUAAUGUUCAGUGUAUGUGUACUUCCAACAUGAUAGAUUAAGGAUGUUUAGCAGGUAAUGUGAUAAUUAUUUUGAUGUUGUCUAAAUGUUAAACAGUAGCCUGGGAAUCCAGUCUGACAACUUUUAACCUUUUAUUUACCUGCAAAUUGACAGCCUGGGGAAACCUGUUUUCCGAUCGCAGCGCCACCUAUAUUACACCUGAAAUAUGCGGGUGUUUAAUAAAGAACGAUAACUUCUGAAAGCAAUAAUCCAUGGCUAAAAAUAGAAACGGAAUUCUCACGGAAAAGACAGAUCGGAAUCGUGUACUUUCGAAGGUUUCCGAAUAUUUCCGGGCCAUAAACAAAUUCCAGUUUGUACCUCCCAUAGCUUUUCCAGCAAGUUGUAACAACUUGAAAAUAUGUAAGUUUAAACUUAAAUUUGCGUCAUAGCUGUCAAGAUGUUAUAUUAAUGCAGACCUAGUAAUCUACGAAAAUUGCCGAAUUUUCGGCAUCAUUGCCUCGUUUUCCUUUCAAACAGCGCAAAUAUGAUCACAUGUUAAUUAGGCUAAUUAUAGAAAUUCGAUAAUCAGUAGUGACAUGGAAACUCCUUCAGAUUUCCCCAGGCGUUGAUAAUAUCAGAAACUCGAUGAAUGCCAAUUAACACUAAUUAGUGCAAAUUAAGUGGGAUCUUUAAUGCAUAAGUAUUAGGUAUGAUUUCUUCUGACAAAGCACAAAUAUUAUCAACGGCUUCCCAGGCUAGUUAAAGAGGAACAUAACAGCGUUUUAUUAGGGGAAAAGAAAGUUAGAAUUCGUUAUGCUUCACUUUAGAGCCCUGUAGGACCAUGGUUUUCUCAGAUCACAUUUUUCACACGUUAAAAGAAUAGGAUCUUAUUUGUCACAGGUGUGAAGAAAAGGAUCUCAGUUUUCACACAUCACAGUCGCAGAUUUCCCAGUUCAUGCAAAUUCUUUUGAUUGAUGCAAGUAUUUGAUCAGACAUGAACCUUCAUUCUUCAUAUUUCAUUAUUGUGGAAUUGUACAAAAUAUGUGCUUUUUUGCUUCUGAACUGUAUUUCCCACAUAUUGCUGGGCUAUGGGUACCAGGAGCGGUAUGCUAUCAGAUUCGUAUCCAUAGAAACUGAUCCAUCAAAAAGGGUUAACGUAUAUUAACUUGAGAAACCUUUUUUGGGGAGAUGUUGCGGUAGUGUAGUUAGAUGUGUAUUUGAAUUUGUUUUUUGCUAAGCACUAUGAUAUGGUACAUGUCCAUGCGUGAGUUUUGGGUCUUGGCAAUUAAUUAGUAACAAAAAGGGGAAUUUUAGACUUAUCAUUAAAAUUCACAAAGAACCUGAGACCACUUCGGGUCUGUGUCAAGGUGACGCAUUAAUGUUAAAAGACAUUUGAUUAUAUAUUUGUCUGGUCCAUAUUUCCUAAAAUCCUUGGAUGGAGUUUCAAGGAACUUGAGCAUACUUCUUCAUAUAUCUUCUUCAUCUCAGCAUGGCAAGGCCAAGUGGUUAGCGCGCCGGAUCUGCAAUCGGAGGGUCGUAGGUUUGAACCACACUCGGAACAUGUCUAUGAUAAACUGGUCUGAAGGGAAGGAAAUGAUUAAAUGAUUUUUCGCUACAUGUAUAUCAAUUAUUUAACAUUAUUACACGACUCCUUAUAUAAAUCGCCGGUACAUGUAGUUUGUGUUUAUGUCUUUUGUCCAACACUAACUUUUGCCGGGCUAAAGUCAACGCUUGAAGAAAACUAUGAAAAUCUAUUUCUGAUGUCGUGUUACAAAUAAAACACUUAUUGAAUGGCUUGCAAGUCAGUUGUCAAAAAUAUUGUCCUUUGGACCUUUGGCAAUAGUUUUGAUUAUUUUAUGACUCGUAACUUCUGCUUAUCUCAUUGAUUCAUAACUUAUCAAAUACUGUGAAAUCAUUAUUAUUCGUGGGGGAUUCAUUUUCGUGGAUUUCGUGGUUGAGCUCAACCACGAAUUUAAGUCCCAACGAACAAAUUGUGCCCACUAUAAUUUUUAAAUGUACGCAAAGUCGCCAAAAAACAAAAAGACACCAUAGCCGUUAGAUCUGAUCCCUAGUUGUAUGCAUGCGGCAGUACUAACCAGCAGCUUUUGUGUAGUUUAUGGAGGCUCUAUCAAGGAUAAACAUAGGUAUGCGUGAAAAAAACAAAACGACUAUUAUAUUUAGAAAUGUAGCCGUGGUUUGUUUAUGACAUUCUUGUCAGAGUAAAAGUAGAUACUAAAAAUAGAAGUUUGACGUAGCGCCACGUACCAACCGCACUAUAAUACGGCUGUUAUUUGAUUUUUUCAGCCCCGCUAUGCGAUGUUUAUACACUAGCCUUUAUUUUCACUGACAUGUAGUAAAAUACAACGACUGGAACUAUUGAAUAUUAUAAAUUAAUUGCUAGAUCUGCGUCCAAUGCAUUAAUACCUAAUUCACAUUACACGUUUCUUGGCAGGAAAAAACACAUGCACAAGUUCAACAGCUUGUAAUUUUAGAUGCAGACGCGCAUUCAUUUUGCAAAAAAAAAAAAAUAAUCAGACCAGUUUAUAAUAAUUGUUGUUGUAAGGAUUUCUAUGGUUAUAUUAGUACUGCGGAAUAAAACCAUUAUUCAAAUCUAUAAUAGUUUGUUUUAAUUUUCAGUGCAAAUAACUAGUUCUUGUUUUAAACACAAUCAAAUGACCAACUUUAUAUUUGUUUCGAUUAUGGAUGCUAAUUGUGCAAUGUGCUACGGUUUUGACACUUUUUAAUUGGCGCCGUCUUUUCUUAUUGAAUAUUUCACAGUUUUAAAAAGUUUUGCAAAUUAGGGGUCAUAUAAUGAUAGAUAAUGCGGUCAUUAAUUGGCACAUGAUCACUCUCUAAUCUUCUGCGGCGUAGAUUGCAAAUUCGGUAACCAUGGUAGCGCUGUUUGACACGUGCAGGGUUCACAUGUAAGGACAGAAGUACUAGAAGAUCUAUUCCUGUGGAAAUUAUUUUUUUUUUUUUCAAAAAUUGAAAAUCCACGAAUGUACGUCCCCACGAAACAACCGUUUUGGCCAAAACCACAAAAUUCCGUGCUGACGAAAUUAAAUGAUUUCACAGUAGGUCCAUAGAAAGUGAUAUUCGGAACUUCUUCAAAACAAACUUAUACUAAAUUAUUUAGAUAUGUCAAACACCAGUAAGUCAUAUCUGGUUUUUAUAAACAGCUAGGUUACCCAGGUAGAUCAUUACAGUUUGAUUAAAUUGUGUAUUGACUGUCUGUGAACAUUUUUGUUGAGCCCGCUUGCGGUGAGCUUGACUUAGUCGUCACUUUCGGCGGGUCAGUGUAUGUGCGUGCAUCCGUCCGUCCGAUUUUGUCCGGACCAUAACUUCGAUAUGCAUGGACCAAUCUUGUUUAUUUUUGGCAUGAAUGUUUACCUCAAUGAGAAAGAGUGUCAUACGCAAACCCCAUGUUCCUAUCUCAAAGGUCAAGGUCACAGUCGGAGGUCAAAGGUCAAAUUGAAGUUUGUCCGGACCAUAACUUUGACACGCAUGAACCAAAUUUGUUUAUAUUUGGCAUGAAUGUUUACCCCAAUGAGAAGGAGUGUCAUGCUCAAACCCCAUGUUCCUAUCUCAAAGGUCAAGGUCACAGUUGGAGGUCAAAGGUCAAAUUGAAGUUUGUCCGGAGCAUUUCUUCUUCAUGCAUAAGGGGAUUUUGAUGUAACUUGGCAUGAAUCUUCACCAUUAUGAGACGAAGUGUCAUGUGCAAGAACCAGGUCCCUAGGUGUAAGGUCAAGGUCACACUUAGAGGCCAAAAGUCAGAUACAAGAAUGACAUUGUCUGGAGCAUGUCUUAUUCAUGCAUAAGGGGAUUUUGAUGUAACUUUGCACAUAUGUUCAACAAGAUGAGGCAACUUUCUUUUUAGAAUUACUUCCCUUUGUUGUUACUAUAAAUAGCUUCUAUAGUUACUUUUUAGCUCACCUUAGCCAAAGGCUCAGAGUCAGCUAUUGUGAUCACUCAUCGUCCAUCCGUCCGUCCACACUUUCCUUUAAACAACAUCUCCUCCUAAACCACCAAGCCAAUUUUGAUGAAACUUGACAGGGAUGUUCCUUGGAUGAUCUUCUUUAAAAAUUGCUCAAAGAAUUGAAUUCCAUACAGAACUCUGGUUGCCAUGCCAACCAAAAGGAAAAUUUUUAAAAAUCUUCUUGUCCAAAACCACAAGGCCUAGGGCUUUGAUAUUUGGUAUGUAGUGUCAUCUAGUGGGCCUUUACCAAGAUUGUUCAAAUUAUCCCCCUAGGGUCAAAUAUGGCCCCGUCCCGGGGGUCACAUGGUUUAUAUAGACUUAUAUAGGGAAAAACUUUGAAAAUCUUCUUAUCCAAAACCAGUCGUAGGGCUUUGAUAUUUAGUAUAUAGCAUCAUCUAAUGGGCCUCUACAAAGAUUGUUCAAAUUAUCUCCCUUGGGUAUAAUAUGGCCCCGCCCUGGGGGGUCACAUUGUUUCUGUAGACUUAUAUGCCAGUUUCUCGUUGAUUUGAGCUUUCUCAUCAAUUCGAGCCCUUUUGUUUUAGUAAAAUUCAUGCUCAUGUAGGCUAGCAUGUUUUUCCAUCAGAAAUUUGUGUCAUUAACAUUUUAAAAUGCCUUGAAAAAUAUUAGUCAUGAAACCACUGAAAAAUUGAUUAAAUACCUGUUUUAAUAUUUUGCAUCAAAAAUUGCUUUUUUCAAAAGGAAAUUACAUAGUGGGUAAUAUUGUGAGCCCAAGUUUCAAAUUAAAAGCAUCCUGAGCAUAUUUCAACUGUUGUAAGGAGUGAACAGUAAGUCAAUCUUGAUAGAAAUUUGCUUUAUGGAAAUAGAAUAUGCAAACAUUACCCCUUAAUGGCCUUCCAAAUAAAGGGCUCGAAUCGAUGAGAAAGCUUUAAAAUGAUGUGGAGUUUGACCUCCUUCAGUCUUGUGCAAAAAAGUACAUAUAAAAGAUGAUAACAUUGUAAUUCUUAUUGCCCAUUGUUAAAUGCAAAUAUUUUUGUAACAAAAAACAAAAAUUAUUCAAUUGAACAGUUUUACAAAAAUUUGCACAACCCUAUAAGAUUUAAGAGGCUCGAAUCAAGGAGAAAGCAGCAUAUAGGGAAAAACUUUGAAAAUCUUCUUGUCAGAAACAAAAGGGCCUAGGGCUUUGAUAUUUGGUAUGUAGCAUCAUUUAGUGGGCCUCUACCAAGAUACCAAAUAUCAAAGCCCAGGCCCUUUUGUUUUCGGCUCAAAUGGAUUUUUCAGAUCGGAUGUAAUGCGGCGCGCAAGCUGUGGGUAAGAACCAUCCUUGAAAAAUCCACGAGAGCCGAAUCUAGCUACUGUUGCAAUGACCCUUUUAUUAUAUACCCCCACCUUUUUGUUUGUUGUUUUGUUAUCAAUGAAAGCAGAUGUUAAAAUAGAAAUGAAUGAAGUUUUUAUGCCCCCGAAGGGAGGCAUAUAGUUUUUGAACCGUCUGUCCGUCUGUCGGUCCGUCGGUCUGUCGGUCUGUCAGUCUGUCAGUCUGUCCGCAAUUUUCGUGUCCGGUUCAUAUCUUUGUCAUCGAUAGAUGGAUUUUCAAAUAACUUGGCAUGAAUAUGUACCACAGUAAGACGACGUGUCGCGCGCAAGACCCAGGUCCGUAGCUCAAAGGUCAAGGUCACACUUAGACAUUAAAGGAUAGUGCAUUGAUGGGCGUGUCCGGUCCAUAUCUUUGUCAUCGAUGGAUGGAUUUUCAAAUAACUUGGCAUGAAUGUGUACCACAGUAAGAUGACGUGUCGCGCACAAGACCCAGGUCCGUAGCUCAAAGGUCAAGGUCACACUUAGACAUUAAAGGAUAGUGCAUUGAUGGGCGUGUCCGGUCCAUAUCUUUGUCAUCGAUGGAUGGAUUUUCAAAUAACUUGGCAUGAAUGUGUACCACAGUAAGAUGACGUGUCGCGCGCAAGACCCAGAUCCGUAGCUCAAAGGUCAAGGUCACACUUAGACAUUAAAGGAUAGUGCAUUGAUGGGCGUGUCCGGUCCAUAUCUUUGUCAUCGAUGGAUGGAUUUUCAAAUAACUUGGCAUGAAUGUGUACCACAGUAAGACGACGUGUCGUGCGCAAGACCCAGGUCCGUAGCUCAAAGGUCAAGGUCACACUUAGACGUUAAAGGUCAUUUUUCAUGAUAGUGCAUUGAUGGGCGUGUCCAGUCCAUAUCUUUGUCAUUCAUGCAUGGAUUUUAAAAUAACUACGCAUGAAUGUGUGACAAAGUAAGUCGACGUGUCGCGCGCAAGACCCAGCUCUGUAGGUCAAAGGUCCUAAACUCUAACAUCGGCCAUAACUAUUCAUUGAAAGUGCCAUCGGGGGCAUGUGUCAUCCUAUGGAGACAGCUCUUGUUGUAUAUGCUAUUUAUAGAACUGUGUCAGGACAUGCAUAUUAAAUGAAAGUAGUCCGGCAACAUACAAUACAAAUGGUACAAUAUGGAAUUUUUUCUGCCUGUUCAUAUUUACUUGUGAAAUACAAGCUGUAUUUUUGGCAAAAUUUAUAUAGGUAUAUAAUAAACUUUAUAUAUAAUGACUCAACAUGUAAAUAUGUGUUUUUAUAUAGUAAUGUGUCAAAUAUACGUCGAUAUGUACAUGUUUCUGUUGAACUAUGUAAUUAUUAAUAAAAUGUGUAUCAGACUGACUGAAUAUUUUAAAGACAUCAACAUACUGCAUGUUAUACUGUCUGGUACAUUGGCACCAUAUCAUUGAUAAACCCUGAUAUCGGCACGUUUUCAUCAAUCGACAUGGUGCUGACAUCAACUUGAACAUUUGUUAGAAAUGGAUUUGUAAUGUACAGUCGGUCUUGUACA